AUGGCACAGUAUGUUACUCAAAUUGUAGAAACGGGCCAGCGACUUCGAGGAACAGGAUUCAGUAUAACUGAUGAGUGGAUUGGAGCAUUAAUGUUAGCGGGAUUGACCGAAAAAUAUGCGCCUAUGAUAAUGGCCAUUGAGCAUUCUGGAAUUGAGGUUAGUGCAGAUAUUGUAAAAACAAAAUUGGUAUACAUGUGUGCUGAUGAUUAUGUUGGUACUACAUCCGGUUCAGAAAGUGCAUUUAUUGCGAAAGGAAGACAUAGAUUAAAAAGUGGCAAUACUAAAAGCGGCCAUAUUAAUAGACAAUCAGAUACGACGCAACCUAUCAAAAUUAUAAAGUGCUACAAAUGUAAACAAACCGGUCACUAUAAAAAUCAGUGUGCGCAAUCGGAUAAUACUAAACGAAAACAGACCAAUGCCUUCAGUGCUGUUUUUCUGAGUGGAAAUUUUAAUAAGAACAGCCGGCAUAUCGAUAGUGGCGCAAGUAAACACAUGACUGCAAACAAAGAUAACCUCACGAAUGUAUCGCAGCAGCAGGAAACCAAAGAAAUUAUUAUCGCAAAUCAGACUAGAGUUUCAGUGUUGUGUUCUGGCGACGUAAACAUCGUUACAGUAGUCAAUGGAGAAGAAUACGACGUUACAGUUACAGAUGUAUUGUAUGUUCCGAAUUUAAAUACUAACUUGCUUACUAGAAUGGUAGAAAACCAAAAAGAAAAGAAAGUCAAGGUUCUUCAAACUGAUAAUGGAGGGGAGUUUUACAGUCGUGAAUUUGGCAGUUAUCUAAAUAAGCAAGGUAUAGUUCACCAGAGAACUAAUGCUUAUACACCAGAACAGAAUGGUCUCUGCGAGAGGAUGAACAGGUCAGUAGUUGAAAAGGCCAGAUGUUUGAUCUACGAUGCUGGAUUAGAGAAGAAGUUCUGGGCAGAAGCCGUCAACACAUCAGUAUAUUUGAGAAAUAGAUCAGUUGUCACGGGGCUGAAUAAUAAGACUCCUUACGAAGUAUGGACUGGUCAGAAACCAAACCUUAGUCAUUUGCGUAUUUUUGGCAGUGUAGUCAUGGUUCACAUUCCCAAGGAAAGACGUUUGAAAUGGGAUAAAAAGGCCAACAAGCUAAUUUUUGGAGGUUAUGCAGAAAAAACUAAAGGAUAUAGAGUAUAUGAUCCUGUAACUAACAUUGUCACAAUCAGCAGAGAUGUAGUUGUCAAGGAAAGUCCGAACCAGAAUAUGUUAGAAAUACCAUUGGAAUGUAAGCAUCCAGUGGAGGUAACUGAGCAAGAGAAUGAUUAUGAAAAAAUUGAGAGCUCUUUCUCUAAAGCCGAUUGUGGGGAUGAAACUUAUGUCCCAGAAUCUGAAGUUUCAGUGAGUACUUCCAAUGAUAAGUCAUUUGACACAGUCUCAGACCCAGGAGAGAUCACACUCGGAGAGGCAUUAAAUGGCCCAGAAAGUCAAUUCUGGCGAGCCAGUAUGAAAGAAGAACUAAAAUCAUUCAGAGAAAAUGAAGCUUGGGAAGUAAUGGACAGGCCAAAGCAAGCUACAGUGGUUAAGUGUAAGUGGGUGUUAAAGAAAAAAGUGGACAGUGAUGAUAACAUAAGAUAUCAUGCUCGUGAUGAUCCUAAUGAAAAACUUAGAGAUAGUUGUGAUGGUACCUUCCUAGUCCGUAAUGCCUCCAACAAAGAUGGUGGUUACACUCUAACAGUGAGAAAUGGAACAAAUAAAUUGAUCAAGAUAUACAAUCAAGAUGGCCGUUAUGGAUUGUGUGAACCCUAUGAAUUUAAUUCUGUUGUUGACCUUGUACGAUUCUACAGAGAAUACUCAUUGGCACACUGCAACAGUAGCCUUGACAUUAAGCUUAUGUACCCUCUUUCAAGGCACCAAGAAAAUGAAGGUGGUGAAAAUAUAAACGAUGAUACUCUAGAAAUAAGUUACAAGGAUAUUCACAAAAAAUUUGUCCUUCGAACUAGAGAUUACAACGAACGAUCUAAAAAAUAUUUACGCCUCAGGGAAGAAGUGAAAUUUAAAAGACAGACUUUAGAUGCUUUUAAGGAAACAGUAAAAGUAUGUGAAGAGCAUUUAAAAUUACAAGAAAAAAUGCAAGCUGAGGCCCAACCACAUGAAAAAAAUGAUCUAAUUGAAAACAAUAGACAGCUGAUUUCAAGGGUAAAUAGUUUAAAACAAGCAAGAUGUCAACACCACAAUAUCCUGAGGGAAACUGUUGAAUCUAAUUUGCUUUUUGAAAGAGAAAUUACUAAAUUAAAAUCAGAAGACAUAAAUCUAUAUAAAAUUAAAGAUAGAUACAAAGUAUGGCUUCAAAAGAGCGGUAAGACAGAAGAAUAUUUACAGGCAUUAGAGGAUGAUAACAUUAUUAGUAAAUAUUUACAAAAUACGAAGUGA